AGGUGUUGAUAAAAUUUGAUCUGAUUAUAAUGAGUAAGCACUACGACAAUUGGGAGAGGCUGGUGGUGGCCGUGCUACGGCGACAGCAAGACCGUGAGAUAGCCCUGUGCCCUUCAACGGAUUCCAGCGCCUUCAGCUCUCGAUCUUCCAGUUUUAGUCGUGAAUUUUAUGAUCACCUACACGAUGCGAUCAUUAAGAACCAAAAUAUUCCAUUUUCCCUGUCAACUUAUACGAGUUACCUGGAAGAUGAAAGGAAUGGGAAGAAAAGUUAUAUGGUGGGAGCAAAAGAUCUGAUCAUUACUUUUGGAAACAACUCAGUCAAGUGGCAAUGGAGAUUUGAUGAUAAUUAUUCUAGGGAGGUGGCGGAAAUGUGUUCACCGGGGAGGUUUGAUGUCCGAGCAAAGAUCGCAGCAGGAACGCUGAAUCCGCGGACAGUCUACGGAGCGUAUUUGGUGUACAAAUUGAGGGAGACGGCGGAGGGGUGGAGACGGCCAAGGGGAGUAUGA